GUUAUCGACCAAGUUCACCGAGGCCUACCUACACGGCUACACCCAUACCAAAACAAUGAGCUAGAAAAAAUUACGCCACGGGCCUAAUUGGCUGCACCUUUCACUACUUGUGUAUAAAAGACAGCCUAGCACCCGAUCCGAUGCAGAAAACACUAUCGGGACUCGACUAUGAAAUUCACUUCACUCACCACUAUCGUCAUAUCUGCCACAGCGAUGGCUGGCGUAGCUAUCGCUCAGGGCUUGCUAUACGAUACUGCAUCACCCGGCGGCCUACCCUGUAACCCAAAUGAUUCAGUGCAGUGCUCAACAGACCUGCAGGGUUUCAACGACGAAAAGGAUUACGGGUUUUUCUGCGGACCUGAUUGGACGAUUUUAUCAUGGACACCGUGUUCCUGCAAAAAUUGUUGCAUGGUGGUUGCUGAUGGGGAUGACUUCCAGUGUGGAUACUGAGCGAGCCCGUCUUUUCCUACUGCCUUCACGUACAUUCAGCAAAUACCAAUGAGUAGAAUGAUUCUGAU